AUGACUAACACCAACCUCACAUUGAAACAACUUGAUGCAGUUCAGGACCUCAUAUUAGACAAGUUGGUGCAAAAUUCUACGCGAAUAAAAACGAUAAUUUCAUGCCAGCUUUAUCUUGUCGAGCGGUUAGUUUCACAAUGCAAAUUGUUGGAAAAGGUCGGCUAUUGCGACUAUGAGCUCGCAUAUAUACUAUACGCUUUGCUGAAACGAUAUUUAGAACUUUUUGAAGCGAAAAUAAGAGGCUCUAGUGGCGAACUUCACUCGGUAGUCAAGGGUGUAAUAGAACAGAGAGCAGAACAGGAAGGAGUUAUUCGAAGUCACUUACAUGACGAUUCGAAUGGCGAUGGUUUACUCGAUAGAUUCAAGGCAUUAAAUGAUAACACGGCGACGAAAACAGCACCACCAAAAGCGAAAGCAAACAGCUAUCAAGAACUGGUCAGUCCUACAGAAUUACAACAACUUUUCAACAACAGCAAAGUUCUACUCAUUGAUUACCGACCCCACAAGGAUUACGUGCAUAACCACAUAAAGCACCCAAAUGUUAUAAAUAUUGAACCUUCACUAGUGGAAAGUCUUUCAGAGGAGGCGACGAGCGAAGAUUUGGAGGCUCAAUUAAAGCAAACCUUGACGCAUCAACAACAGAAGGUUUUCGAAGAUCGACGAAAGUUUGAUUAUGUCGUUGUAUACAACUUCAAGUAUGGCGUACUGGGAGAUAAUAGAUUUAUGGAGAUAUUGAAUGGUACGGAAGAGACGGUUGCCAACCCAUUUCGAAGGUUAAUUGACCUAUUGACGACAAAGAAUGCGUUGAUUUCUUCUAAGCUUAGAUUGUGGCCCGUUUACUUGUCCGGGGGAAUCCGAAACUGGCAUGCUAUAUAUGGUGACGAAGUGGUUGAAAAUUCACGUAACCUGGCUACUGUACAAGACAGAAAUGGGUUAGUUUACCCAAAGUCCUUUGACGAUUAUUUGUCAUCGGCAAGGAGAUCAAGUCCUAGUCCCGCUACUUUGGAAAGUAAGAAGAAUUUAACACAAGCAAAGGAGAGUACACCGGAAAUCCUACAAAAUGCACUGUUGGUGUCGCUGGAAAUGGGAGUUCGACCUUAUAAUCCGCAAUCAGUUAGUACAAAAGCAGCUACAACCACGAGCACGCCACGUGGAGAUGCACCACAGCCAAGCUUCAAGCUGCAAAAGGAUCAGAUGGCAAAUAUACUUGAUGGAUUUAGUACCGGUUUGGUCAACUUGGGUAAUUCGUGCUAUAUGAAUUGCAUGAUUCAAUGUUUGGCUGCUACGCCACAACUAACAUCUUUCUUCUUUCCAUCUGUAUCAAUGAAUGGAUCCUACAAGCAGCAUAUAAAUGUCAACAACAAACUUGGUACGCAAGGAAAAUUAACUAUGGGCUUUGUUGAACUACUUUUAAACAUGUUGAACAAUAAUGGAAAAGUUUUCAGUCCCUCGAAAUUCAAAAGGAUUGCUGGUGAGUUAUCUCCUGGGAAACAAUUUGCUUCAUGCUCGCAACAGGACUGUACAGAAUUUGUCACGUUCUUGCUUGAUGGGUUGCAUGAGGAUUUAAAUCAAAUGACAGUCUUGGAUCCAAAGGAGAAGAAGCGGAUAUCGGAAUUGACACCAGAACAAGAAAAAAAUAGAGAAGUGUUACCAGUAAGACUUGCAUCAACCAUAGAAUGGGAGAGGUAUUUGAAAUUGAAUUUCUCAAUCAUUGUGGAUAACUUUCAAGGUCAAUACUUGUCUCAAUUACGUUGCUUGGAGUGUGGGUCGACAUCGACUACUUACAAUGCGUUUUCUAUAUUGACUCUCCCCAUUCCCGAGAAGUUGAAUCAAACGCAAAAAGUCACUUUGCAAGACUGUAUUGAAGAGUUUACUACUACUGAGUUGCUUGAUGACGGAAACAAAUGGCACUGUUCUCAUUGUAAGAAGUUCACCAGAUCAACAAAGAAAAUUGCAAUCACGCGAUUGCCUCAGGUUUUAAUAUUGAAUUUCAAGCGGUUCAAGGUGAAUUCCAACGGGCAAAUACGCAAGUUGGAAACGUUUGUAACUUAUCCUGUGACUGAAACGUUGGAUUUAACUAAAUACUGGACAAAGCCUGGAACUACCAUGAGCGUAUCUGGUGGACCAAAGAUGUCUCUUGAAGAGGAAGCCACCAUUCUUGAAAGUUUUCCAGUGAGGAAUCAAGAGCCUCCGUUUAGAUACCAGCUAUAUGGUGUCGCCAACCACUUUGGUACCCUAUCCACGGGUCACUACACUUCCUAUGUCUACAAAAAUGGAAAGAAGCGGUGGUGCUACUUUGAUGAUUCCAAGAUCACACCAAACGUUUCGCCCGACAAGGUGAUGAAUAAGAAUGCGUUUUGUUUAUUUUUUCAAAGGGUAUGA